GCAUAGGACUUGCGACGUCAUACGUACGGGUUAUUCUUUUACCUUAUGGUAACUGCGAGUUGUAUGACCUCACGGUAAAAACAAGAGGGAAGAAACGGUUACCGACUGAGCCUGCUCCCCACUCAUACGCCGGAUGGCCUAAUACGUGGAUAUAUUGUAAUUACUAAUUGUAAUAUAGCUAAGGUUAUUAUGUCGGAGCCCAACAACGUGACACUGCAGCAGAUGCUGGACAGGAGUUGUUGGGUGUGUUUUGCAACAGAUGAAGACGACAGAACAGCAGAAUGGGUGAGGCCGUGUAGAUGUAGAGGAUCCACCAAGUGGGUCCAUCAAGCUUGCCUUCAGAGAUGGGUUGAUGAAAAGCAGAGAGGAAACAGCACAGCCCGUGUUGCGUGCCCUCAGUGCAAUGCUGAAUAUUUAAUCGUUUUUCCAAACUUAGGUCCUGUUGUCUAUAUACUGGACCUUGCGGAUAGACUGAUAUCUAAAGCCUGUCCUUUUGCUGCUGCUGGGAUAAUGGUGGGAUCGAUUUAUUGGACAGCUGUCACCUAUGGAGCAGUCACUGUUAUGCAGGUUGUGGGACAUAAAGAAGGCCUUGAUGUCAUGGAGCGUGCUGACCCUCUCUUCCUUUUGAUUGGCCUUCCCACUAUUCCUGUCAUGCUAAUAUUGGGCAAAAUGAUUCGAUGGGAGGAUUAUGUUCUAAAACUAUGGCGAAAGUAUUCGAAUAAGCUACAGAUUCUCAAUAGUAUAUUUCCAGGUAAUGAAGGAAUUGGGUGCCCAGUCCCACGAGUACCAGCUGAAGCCAACCCAUUAGCCGAUCAUGUCUCAGCAACACGUAUAUUGUGUGGAGCUUUGGUUUUUCCCACCAUUGCCACUAUUGUUGGAAAACUAAUGUUCAGCAGUGUUAAUUCCAACCUACAAAGGACUAUACUGGGUGGAAUUGCGUUUGUUGCCAUAAAAGGAGCUUUCAAGGUUUACUUUAAACAGCAACAGUACUUACGCCAAGCGCACAGAAAAAUUCUGAAUAACCCAGAUCCUGAAGAAGCCUAAGCAUGGCGCAUUUCUGACUGUCGCGCUAUCUCAUUUGCAAGGUUCCACUACGUUGUGUUUAUUUCCUCGCAUUCUCAAAGUCCUGGGAAUUAAAAAAAAAAAAAAAAAAGGCUGCCGCCCACUAGUUUUUGUUUCGUACAAAACUUAAUAAAGCACUUUCGUAUUGCAGGGAUAAAGCCUGGAAGUAAACUGAACCUCAGAAUGUGAUUUAUGUCAUUGUUUUUAGACACUUCCUUAUUACCCGUGUUCUUUGGAGCAUUUUAUUUACAUUAUAUAUAAUAUUUCCCCCAAAACAUAGUUCUGUAUAUUAAAAUCUUGCACAAGGUUUUCAAAUUUGAGAAUACAAAUAGGGGAUUUUUAAUUUGUUUUAUUUUUCAGUACAGAUUGCUGCCAAAUGUGAAAAUGUAUAUAUACGGUCAGGCAAAAGUUCUGACCUAGCAUAGCAAUAGGAAGACUUAUAUGGGAGGAAAAACCUAUAACUACUACAUCUGAAAAUAUACACCAGCUUCUAGUAUUGGACGACCUGUAUAAAGCUGUCAUAGUGUGGGGGCAGAAGAAGAAUUAAUAUUUUUUUUUUUUUUUACUUAUAAUCGUACAUCUGUUAUGAUUUCAGUGUCUAGUGACUCCUUAUUCUAGUGGACGCUUCAACUGCAAACAUUACAAUGGGUGUGCUAUGUCGUCCGUAUGAAUUAUUUUAGUUUUUUUUAUUUUCUAGAACACUAUUGCUUUGUAAUGCAUUGCAAGUCUCACUAUCUCUGGAAAAAAAUUACACUGCAUGAGCUUUGUACUGUACUGAUAGCAAGAGAAAGGACAAAUGUAUGUUCUUUGCUAACGUACAUGUGAGCGUUUAGUGGCUAUCAUAAUUAUUUGAAAUUAUAUCACUGUUAGUGACUCACAGAUUAGUAAGCAAAAAAAAAAUGUUCCUCAACUAUGUGCAUAUUACUCUAAUAAUUUGAAAACUUGAUUAACUGUGCAUAUAAGCCAAAAGUGAAUUUUAAAUUACUGAUCUGUUAUUUCAGUUGUUUUUUGUGAUUUUGGCUUAAAUUAAAAAAACAUUCUGUAUACACAAUUUUCUUUUGAUGUUUAAUAUUAAUAAAAUAUAUAUUUACAAAUAA